CACAAUUUACGCUUGCAACGCAUUUCCAUCGUCUUUGCAAAAGCGAAACGUAGUCUCCGAAGCAAGGAAGAUGACGACGGAAUUGACAAGGUUUCCUUUCAUCCCUCGUGCGGUGGUUACGAAUAACAACAGCGUAGAUAGACAGCUGGCUCCCUCACAGAAACCUGAAUCGUGCAUAAGGUUGAACCGCAAAUUAAAAAUUUAGGCGUCGUCAAGUAGCGUAUUGUCAAUAAAAGCUUCUAGUACAACGUCCAGCUUUGUCUUCCCACACCCAGAGAAUGAGCGCAGCAACGAGUCCCUCCAGCGGGUCUCAGACCGCCGCUGCGAAAAUGGACGGCGGGUCUUCUCCAUCGAGCAAAGGGAAGACGGAUGAAAUGUCUACCACUGUGGUGAAUUUGGCGGAUUUUCAUCGGAUUGCCAAACACAAGAUGGACAAGAUCGAUUAUGAUUACUACGCUAGCGGCUCGCUUGACGAAGCAACUGUGAAGAGAAACAUGCAGUCUUGGGCACAGUAUUGCAUUUGGCCUAGGUUUUGUGGAUCCGCGGACCUUGCAACGGUGGAAUUGGAGACCAGUUUAAGGUUGCCGUCUUCCUCUACGCCGAGUGCUGCAGCAGGUACAACGAUUCCUUUGAAAAUGCCGGUGAUGGUUUGCCCUAUGGCACUCCAGAAACUGGCCCAUCCAGACGGAGAGGUCGGACUCGCACGGGCGGCGGCAAAAGCAGGCAUUCUCUACUGCAUAACGCAGCAAGCGAGCACAAAAGUGGAGACGAUCUGCGCAGAGUCGAAAGGAGGUAUUGAAAGAGUAUGACUGAUCGAGCUAUUGUGCUUAUGCUUAAGGGCUUGUCUCAUCGAGAAUCAUCAUCAUUGAAAAUGAAAAUGACCACAACCCGUGUCUAUGUUCAACGUCUUCUGCGGUUUGCUUUGUCAGGUCCGAAGAUGUUUCAGAUGUACAUCUUUCGAAAUCGCGCGUUGACCGAGAGGCUAAUCCGGCGUUGCGAAAAGUGUGAGGAUAUUCGCGCACUGGUUGUCACCGUCGAUUCUCCGGUACUGGGUAGGCGUGAACGCGACAUCCGUAACAAGUUUACCCCGAAGUCACGCGGUGUCGAAAUCAGUAACUGGAAAGAAGAACCAACUAAGGCUGCAUCGAAUAGUGGGAGCGGAGCCUCUUCGUCAAGUAGUGCAGGAGGGCAGUCUGCUGUCGCAUCGUCCGCUUUCAAAGCUACGACACCUGCGCCAUCCGUAGUUGCUGUGGCAUCACGGAUCGGUGGUCGUGAUGCGGGCUUUCGGUGGUCUGAUCUUGCUUGGCUUCGUAGUGUGACAAAUCUGCCAAUCAUCGUCAAGGGCGUUUUGCAUCCGAUAGACGCUAUUCUCGCAGCAGAAAACGGGACUGCUGCUGUUUGGGUUUCGAACCACGGCGGGCGCCAGGCGGAUUCCGCUGUCGGAUGCGCUGACGCUUUUCCGCACAUCAGGCAUGCACUGCAACGCUGGGCUGCGGCGAAAUCAGAUAGAACCAUCCCUCCACUGAUUGUUGACGGCGGCGUACGGCGUGGCCAAGAUGUACUUCGUGGCCUCUUGCUUGGCGCUGACGUGGUCUCAGUUGGGCGCCCGUUUUUGUGGGCGUUAGCAGCAGACGGUGAGCGAGGUGCGGAUUCAGCCUGUUCGAUCCUGCGCGAUGAAGUCACAAAUGCUAUGCAACUUGCUGGAGUGUCUGCGGUUGGGAAGGCGAAAGAACUGGGUCGAGAGUUGCUGAUCCAAAAGGGGACAGAAAAACAAGCGUUUGAGAGGAUGUUGGGGGAGGCGAAGCUGUAGCUCAUCCUAAUGGAAUUGAUGGAGGCGGGUUUCUUGAUAACAUUGUAUCGUAAAAAAUCAACAUUUGCACUUUUUGAAGACAUCGCAAUGAUUCCACAUUGUGCUUUUCUCGUGCAGAUUUAGAAGGGAUCCCAAAUCUUCAUUGAGUUUUUCGCGCUACAUGUUAGUGGCUUCGUACAUGCUCUGAUGCCAAUGAAUGCACCGUGUUGCGCUGGCGCUCGCUAUCAUUUGUAGAAAUUGAAUCACUUUGUUGCAAAGUCGCGAAGUCUUUACUCAUGCCAAAUUGGAGAAUAUGAGAGUCUCCUCAAAAACCUGUAAGGACUCAGUGGUCUGCGUCACCCUCAAUUGCUAGUCGCCUUUCAAGAAGCUAAUACCUGGC